AUGCCUCCCGUUCGUUUGUUCCCUUUCUUACUUGCAAGUCUCUUCGGUGCGUCCAUUGCUCUUCAAGAUGACCAAAUACAACCUGAAUCCUGGUGUAUAACAUAUCUAUCAACUUAUUUGGUCCCCGUAUCACGGGGUAACACUCGCCCAACGACUGGUUCUGCUGAGGGAACCAUUUUCCCAGAAAAUUCUGAAACGCCUUUGACAUCAUCUACAGAUCUGGCUAUCCCCUCAACUGUCUCUGUUCCUGACAAUGUAAUCAUUAUCACUUCGGUCCCAAGCCAAACUACUAAAUUUCCUAUCCCUGAAGCCAGUGGCCGAUCAGUGAUAUUGCGCGUCGUUCCAGAAUCGCAGGACACCAAACGAGACCUACAGGCCAGGGCAGUUGGCGGUUUUGUUGGCAGUCAGUCAGAAACCUGUGCUGCUGCCACUGUCUUCAACCUCGUGCAAGGUCGUCUGUUGGAUGGGACAUUGCCCAUAUACUACAACGGCGAGAGUUCCAAGGAGCUACGCGGCAACCCGGGAGCAUUGCCUCGAGGGGCUGUUACUGAGACCUUUGCUGAUAAGGAUGGAUUCCUGCGAUUUUUCAACUCAGCCCUCCCAAAUGCUGAGGCAGGCUUCUGCCAAGACACCAAGAGCGGUCAAGUCUAUGUUACUUUCACUGGAUCGCCUUCAGGUUGCCAAACUAUAAGGCUUUCUAUUAUCGAAGUUGACGAAUGCCCAGAUAGCGAUGCAUCCUCAAGUACUUCUUCUCAAACUGCCAGUACACCUCUGCUAUCAGCGUAUACAUCUGUAUUACUCGGAACUACGUCUUACUCCGACGCAGUGGCUUCUACGACCACAAAAGAUAUUCAGAUGGGUUCUUCCGCAACAGAUAUUCCAAUUUUCACUUCUGAGGUCGUACCUGUCUUUACGAGCUCUAUGCGAUUUUAUAACAGCUCUUCGUCUAUCAUAAUCGCAACACAACCUGAUCUUAGUCAAACAUCUUCUACGUUGGACACUUCGACCACUGUCACAGAUUUCCCAGUUCCAUCUCCGCUGAGCUCCAGCACCCCAGACCCGGAGAGCCUAUCCACGGAUGCACUAUCCACGGAUGCACUAUCCACGGAUGCACUAUCCACGGAUGCACUAUCCACGGAUGCACUAUCCACGGAUGCACUAUCCACGGAUGCACUUUCCACGGAUGCACUUUCCUCGGAUGCACUGUCCUCAGAUGUCUCAGUAGCGUCGGAAGAACUAUCUUCUGCCUUUGAACCAUCUACAACUGCCAUGCCAACUACUACGGAUUCUCCGAUUACAAUUGUCAUUAGCUCUGGUACCGACUCCACGGCAAGCGCUGGUGUUGACUCUUCUACUACGUCUGGAUUAUCCUACAGUCUAAAGACUGAUACCAGCACACUAUCCGAUCUGCCAUUGGAUACCAGUUCAUCUUUCGACGCGAGCUCAACUGUCCUUUCAACUGCUGAAACUAAUCUGUUCACCACGACAGCUGCCGAUACCACAACCUCAACCACUACAAGCUCUGAGCCGACGCGAACACGCGCAUGUCCAGAGGGCUUGUCUGAUCCGCUGACACUAUUCAAUGGCGAGAGGCCAUCUGACAAUGGUGUCGAAUCGGUCGUGGUCCCUUUCCAGGUACCGCUCUACGGUGCAACCAGUGAUGAGAUCUAUGUUAGCCCCAAUGGACUUGUUACACUCAGAGGCUCCCUCGGGGCCGAUUCAGUCCCCUAUCUGGCCUUCCUGCCAGAUGAAAAUAUUGAGUCACUGGCUAUUUUCCCUUACUGGAUCGACAUGAUAGUUUCUGAAGGUUCAGGGGCUGAGGUUACAUACCAGGUUGAGCAGACUCCUAAUGAACCAGGGGUGUUGACCAUAGAUUGGUGUGUUUUCGCUACAUCAGAUGAAACUGCGCCAUACCACUUUCAAAUGGUAAUCUCAGAGGAUCAGCAGACCCCAAUCACCUUCUUCUACUAUACUAUCCAGCCUGGAGGAACUCUUGCUACUAUCGGUGCCCAAAAUCGUGACAUGGAUCAGUGGGUGCAGUAUUAUGGUGCUAUCCCAGAUAGAACGUUCAUGGAAGUUAAUACGGCCGGUGACGGAGAUAUAAGGACUGGUCAGUUUUAA